GGCCGGGGCUGGGGCUGGGGCAGCGGCGGCCGCGCCGGGCAUGGAGCUGGCAAGCCCGCGCUGAGGCAGGACGCGCCCGCGAGCCGCCCGCGAGAGGCUCUCCGCCGGCCGGGGCCGGGCAAACUUUUCUUUCUCUUUUGCCCUCUCCUGAGGCGCCUCGUGCGGCGGGCGUCCGGACCGACUCCUCGGCGCGGCGGGGCCGGGGCAGGCUGGACGCGGCAUGAUGCGCGCAGUGUGGGAGGCGCUGGCGGCGCUGGCGGCGGUGGCGUGCCUGGUGGGCGCGGUGCGCGGCGGGCCCGGGCUCAGCGUGUUCGCCGGCCAGGCGGCGCAGCCCGACCCCUGCUCGGACGAGAACGGCCACCCGCGCCGCUGCAUCCCGGACUUUGUCAACGCGGCCUUCGGCAAGGACGUGCGCGUGUCCAGCACCUGCGGCCGGCCCCCGGCGCGCUACUGCGUGGUGAGCGAGCGCGGCGAGGAGCGGCUGCGCUCCUGCCACCUCUGCAACGCGUCCGACCCCAAGAAGGCGCACCCGCCCGCCUUCCUCACCGAUCUCAACAACCCGCACAACCUGACGUGCUGGCAGUCCGAGAACUACCUGCAGUUCCCGCACAACGUCACGCUCACGCUGUCGCUCGGCAAGAAGUUCGAGGUGACCUACGUGAGCCUGCAGUUCUGCUCGCCGCGGCCCGAGUCCAUGGCCAUCUACAAGUCCAUGGACUACGGGCGCACGUGGGUGCCCUUCCAGUUCUACUCCACGCAGUGCCGCAAGAUGUACAACCGGCCGCACCGCGCGCCCAUCACCAAGCAGAACGAGCAGGAGGCCGUGUGCACCGACUCGCACACCGACAUGCGCCCGCUCUCGGGCGGCCUCAUCGCCUUCAGCACGCUGGACGGGCGGCCCUCGGCGCACGACUUCGACAACUCGCCCGUGCUGCAGGACUGGGUCACGGCCACCGACAUCCGCGUGGCCUUCAGCCGCCUGCACACGUUCGGCGACGAGAACGAGGACGACUCGGAGCUGGCGCGCGACUCGUACUUCUACGCCGUGUCCGACCUGCAGGUGGGCGGCCGCUGCAAGUGCAACGGCCACGCGGCCCGCUGCGUGCGCGACCGCGACGACAGCCUGGUGUGCGACUGCAGGCACAACACGGCCGGCCCGGAGUGCGACCGCUGCAAGCCCUUCCACUACGACCGGCCCUGGCAGCGCGCCACCGCCCGCGAGGCCAACGAGUGCGUGGCCUGUAACUGCAACCUGCACGCCCGGCGCUGCCGCUUCAACAUGGAGCUUUACAAGCUGUCGGGGCGCAAGAGCGGGGGCGUCUGCCUCAACUGCCGCCACAACACGGCCGGCCGUCACUGCCACUACUGCAAGGAGGGCUACUACCGCGACCUGGGCAAGCCCAUCACCCACCGCAAGGCCUGCAAAGCCUGCGAUUGCCACCCUGUGGGCGCCGCCGGGAAAACCUGCAACCAGACCACGGGCCAGUGUCCCUGCAAGGAUGGCGUGACGGGCACCACCUGCAACCGCUGCGCCAAGGGCUACCAGCAGAGCCGCUCCCCCAUCGCCCCCUGCAUACAGAUCCCCGUGGCACCGCCAACCACCGCAGCCAGCAGCGUGGAGGAGCCCGAAGACUGUGAUUCCUACUGCAAGGCCUCCAAAGGCAAGCUGAAGAUCAACAUGAAAAAGUACUGCAAGAAGGACUAUGCCGUCCAGAUCCACAUCCUAAAGGCGGACAAGGCGGGGGACUGGUGGAAGUUCACGGUGAACAUCAUCUCCGUGUACAAGCAGGGCACCAGCCGCAUCCGUCGCGGUGACCAGAAUCUGUGGAUCCGCUCACGGGACAUCGCCUGCAAGUGCCCCAAAAUCAAGCCCCUCAAGAAGUACCUACUGCUGGGCAACGCGGAGGACUCGCCCGACCAGAGCGGCAUCGUGGCGGACAAGAGCAGCCUGGUGAUCCAGUGGCGGGACACGUGGGCGCGGCGGCUGCGCAAGUUCCAGCAGCGCGAGAAGAAGGGCAAGUGCAAGAAGGCCUAGCGCGGACGCAGCGGCGCCGGGCGGGCUGAGCGCGGGGCCGGCGGAGGGAGCGGGCGCGGGCCGCUGCCGGGGCGGCGGCGUGGACUUGGCCCGCGAGGCUUUCCCAGCUGGGGGAGGGGGCGGGGCCCUCGGCGGCCCCGCCCCCAGCCCCGCCCCCCGGGCGGCCAGGCCCCUGAGAAUUGAGGACGAGACUUAGCUACCUCACGGGCUCCCUCCAGAGCAGAGAUGCGCUCCCGCGGGGCCGGGAGGAGGGCCGGGGCAGGCGGGCGCAGGACCGCGCCAGCGGGCCUCCGCGCUGGGUGGAGAAGGGCACACGAGGAGACUGUGAACCUCCCCCGCGGCCCACAGCCCGGCCAAACCACCACCCCAAACACACAACAUCCCGUCCUGUACCUCCCCCCCCCCCCCCCCAAAGAAUUCCCACAGGAACCCUGGCUGCAGGAGCCUGGGGGUGGCGGAAGUAGCCUGUCCAACUAACCUUCCCCGUACGACGGUCUGUGGCCUCCACCUGCCGCCUGGGUUCCCCCCUGGCUGGGGUUUACACUCUGUGCACCCAGAGCAGUGAAGCCCCUGCCCAGCUGGGGCUCUGGCCCAGGCAGAGGGCCCAAGGACACCCCCGAGAAGCCCACGCCAGGGGGUCGGUCACUGCUCACGCCAGAGCUGCCUGAUGGAGGCGGCACUGCGGACGCAAAACCUCCCAGAGAGUUUCCUUUCUGGAAAGUUGGAAGCAGCCCCUUUAUGACAUUUUCCAGGGGAGGGGGGGAAGGGGCACUGGCUGGGUUUACAGCAGUGACACUAUUUGUGUAAUGACAUCAGCUCCCGCAAGGCCCCUGAGCAGUGUCAACAGCUGAGCAGGGCCUGGGCGCAGGCGGCUCGGCGGUCGGGCAGGGGAAGCGGCUGCCCGGGGUGGGGACCUGCUUCGCCGGCUCAGAGAGGUGCCGGAGGGCCUACGCCGUGGGCGGGCAGGGGCGGGAACUGCUAGGUUCCUGGGUACCGAGGAAGCCGCGACCACUUGCUGCUGCGGCCCUCACUCCUGGCUCCCCAAGGCCAGGGACGGAGGCUGCUAGGCCGAGAAAGCCUGUUGCAUCUACCCCCUGCCCCUGACCUCCCCACGCUGGGGCUGCCCCUGUGGCUCUCCUGGUCCCACCUGGGCAGCACCUCGCCCACUCCUUUCUGGCGGCCCUCUUUGUGGACGCCUCCCAGGCCCCCUUUCCAAAGCUUCCUAGAGAUACCGUCCGCAGGCAGGCAGCCCUAGACCUUGGAGUCCGAUAGCGGCCCGCAGGGCCCGUGCCGCCCGCACACUGAAUUCCAGGCCUGGCCCCUCCCUCAGUCAGGAAAUGGGUUUCACCUUCGCUGCUGGAGUCCGGCUGCUCAGAAGGGUCACACUAAGUACGAAGCUUGGGCCCUCGUGGUCUGGCGUCGCUCGGCCCCCCCCCCCCGCUUCGCCACUGCCCUUUACUGAGCACCUGCUCUGUGCCAGGCACUUUACCCCCGUGAUCUCAUGUUAUCUUCGUGACAACCCUGUGAGACAGGGGUUCUCACCCCCACCGUCACCAGGCAGAGGAGUGGCAGAACUGGGUUCAGACUCCAGAGGCCUUGCUGCUCCGGCUGCCCGCCGGCGCUGGGGCCCGCCGCGGUUCCCUCGCAGACCGCAGGGGGUGCUUCUGGGUGAGUCACCACUGAGAUGCUGGCCCCGGUGACGGCAUCUGGCCCGGAGAAUAGGAGUCAGCAAGCGGAGGCAGGGAUGGGCACAGCCACAUGUCCAGAAGUGGCAGCCAGGGCCGUGGGUGAGGCCCGGUGUAAACGCGCCGCAGGGCAGCCCCUGGAAGCCUAGAUUCCGGGAAGGCAGGCCGUGUCGGAUCCUAAGGGGUAGGGAGAAAGGAGGUCUGGCUGCCUCGGGGUGUCCGGAGGGAUUCCAGAGAUGCCCCCAGGGGCAUCGCGAAGACAGAACUGCCCCAGGAAGGGGUAUCUGUCUCGCUGGGAGCCUAGGGACCCCUCCACGCCCUCGGCCCUCCUCCACUGCCCACUGUGGUUCAAGUGAGUUUUGUUGGCCCACAGUCCUUGAGAGGCCCUGCCGAGACAGCUGUCCUGGUUCUGCUCACACCAGCCUGGCUUCUCUGCCCUGCCCAGAAGGGCCAUGGCAGCCUCUCCACCUCUCACCCUGGGCCUGAGUCAUAGCCCAUGUCACCAGGGGUGACACUGGUUGUCUGAGGUCCCCCUGUGCUGGAGCCAGCGGCCGGCCAAGCAGCAGUGCCUCUUGCUUUAAGUUUAGCCAGCCUUGCCCCCCUGCUUGGCACCCCGAGAACAAAGUAGCCUGGUCUCUGGGGAACGUCAGGGUGGCCAGAUCAGCCAGGGUGGAGUGAGGACACUAUUGGGGUAUCAGUCCUCGCAGGCUGCCUUCCCCAUUUCACGGAGCCAGCCAGAGCUCAGCCCACUGCUCCUCUGAAUCCAGCCACCAGUUCAGGAGUGAGGACCCAUCCUUGGGAAAACACCCUUCUUUCUCCCCUGCCCCGCCUCCCCGGGAGGAGAUGGAAGUAGGGAUUGAGUUGUUCCGGUUUGUACAGUUAGGAAAGGAUGUAAAAUGGAACUAGAUUUUGAAGAGUGUAUUAACCAGAGUUGUGAUAUGUAGGUGUUUGAAGAAAAACAUACCAGAUUAGUCUUUAAAAAAAAAAAAAAAAAAAAUUUCCAAGUUGUCCUUUUUCUUACCUGCUGGGUGGUCUGGAGCCCCUGACAGCAGGGUCCCUGUUUUCUGACACACAGUGAUACUAAAGAUUGGGGUGGAGGGAAGGCGGACGGAUGGGGCGGCUGCCCCGACUCACCUGCAGGCUGCGGCUUCGGGAGGCAGCAUCCUCGGGUCGUGGUAAAUGGGAGGGAUGCCUGCGGUCCAAGCCAGGGAGGCCAGAAGCCACCCCAGGGCCCACCCGGCUCUCUGCAUAGCAGCCGCAGGAAACGGGCACAGGCUGUCUUGGGUUUGCCCCCGGUCGGGAUGAGACUGAGGCAUCAGGAGAUGGUCCCUUGAGGAAACUGAAAAAUGUCAGGGUCUCAGUGCUCAAAGAAGGACGGGAGAGUGGACGAGCUCGUCCCGUGGAUGGGGUUACUGGGCCACGGUUCACGGCCACAGCCACGCCAUACCCUGGGGACACUGAAAUGCGUACUCGCGGGACCUCACCCCGCCAGAACCAAGCCAGCCCCGCUGCCCGUGUCACUCCCUGCUCCCCACUGCAUCCUCCCCCCCGACUCCCUCCUGCGUUUCGGAGUUCUGUUCCCUCAGAAUUGUAAAUGUUUAGUUGUGACCAUGACAUAUUGUUUGGGUCAGUGUUCCUCUCCAAUGCAUACUAAUAUAUUAUGGUUAUUAUAUAUGAAUAUAUUUAAUGACAUGGAAAAAGUUUUGGAUUUUUUAAGUCUUUUUUUUUUUGGUUAGAGUUGUAAUGGACCCAGAUGGAACUUGUAACGUGGGCCCCACAUGAUAGAACUAAAUUCAAGAUAUCAAUUAAAUAAACUCUUGUAUACUGUU